UUCACAUGUAUUGAUCUAUCUCAAUUUCCUCUCGUGCAGGAAGAUGGAGUUAAUCUUUUGACCAUUAUCAAAGGUACUUGCACCUACCGCCGUUCAAGGAAUUAUGAUUUUGUUGCGAAUUAUUUGCCUCCUAGCAAGUCAGAAUUCAAGCAAGCACUAUCGGGCAAUGGAUGGUUACGCAAUUAUACUGGUCCUGUGAUGUGGUCUACUAUGGAAGAUGGGAAGAUAGUGAGAGGUCUCUCAGGUGUUCCAAGUGAAGGUCCAGUCUUGUUGGUUGGUUAUCACAUGCUCACAGGCUUAGAUAUCAUUCCAUUAAUUGAACAAUUUCUUCUGGAGAAGAAGAUCUUGGUUCGUGGUAUAGCACACCCUACAUUGUUUUCACAUCUUGUUGAGAGUAAGGGCAAGGACUUUUCCUUGGUUGACAUUCUGAGGUUAUAUGGUGCAUUACCUGUAAGUGCAAGCAAUCUUUUCAAAUUGUUCAAAACAAAAUCACAUGUGCUACUUUAUCCUGGUGGCGCUCGUGAGGCUUUUCAUCGCAAGGGCGAAGAGUAUAAAUUAUUUUGGCCUGACCAGCAAGAAUUUGUCAGGAUGGCUGCAAGAUUUGGGGCGACAAUUGUACCAUUUGGAGUUGUUGGAGAAGACGACAUAGCAGAGUUGGUUCUGGACUAUGAUGACCUGACGAGAAUUCCAAAUAUAGGUGACAAAAUUAGAAGAGAUAAUGAGAAGUAUAAAGAUCUAAACAUAAGGGCUGGAAUCAGUGGGGAGGUCGCCAACCAAAAUUUACAUAUCCCAGUUAUUCUGCCUAAAAUUCCUGGCCGCUUUUACUAUCUGUUUGGGAAGCCUAUUCCAACAAAGGGAAGGCGAGAGAUGUUGAAGGACAGAACUAACGCGAGAAAAUUGUAUUUGCAUAUAAAAUCGGAAGUUGAAAAUAGUAUGGCUUAUUUGAUGAAAAAGAGAAAGGAAGAUCCUUACAGAAGUAUAGUCGACAGGACAUUAUAUCGGGUUCACCAUGCCCCUAUGGAUCAGGUCCCGUCUUUUGAACCAUGAAUGACAGGUUUGGAAGGUAUAAAGAAUUUUGCUACUAGCUAUAUGACGUCAAAUUUCACUAUCGGUUUUUGGUGACAAGCUUAUGAUCCCACG